CGCCCGGGCUCCGGGUUCCCGGUUCCCGCCUGGCCGCCAGGGUGCUGGUGCGGGUUGGGGUCGAGCUGCGAGCCCCAGGUACAGACGAGGCGCCUCCCAGGCGGGACCCGUCAAGGGUGCAAAACGCCGUGGCUCCCGGGAGGGCUGGCUCCCCGGCUCUGCGGUCCAGUGCGGAGUGGAUCCCAUUCCGCCGCCCAUCCCGGCCCCGGUGGGGACCUCCGGAGAAAGAGGAGCUGGGGCGCGGCGACUGCAACGCACUCACGGGGACAAGUCAUUUCAACUUCAGAGCAUCUAAGACUACAGUUGUGGAACACGACUGAAAGCAAUAGAAAGGCGAGGAGCUGGACCGUCUUUCAUUUACUCUCAUUUAAAAGGAACUUGAAGAGAAAAUAAAAUGGCAGAGCUUUAAGGUUAAUAUUCAGGAUGAAUGAUGAUAAUUCAGAUAGGACGGAAGAUGGAUCGCAUUAUGUAUUUAUCCGUGAUAAAAACCUGACUCCAUCUGGAUACUACAGAACAUUACCAUCUACCCAGCGCCCUCCAGUGAGUCACGGGGAUUGGAGCUUGGCCACCCCAGAUGACAUGGUGGUCGAUUAUGAAAUGGAUCCUGCUGAGGACAGCGGUGGAAGUGUGUCUUUAAGCCAUCCGUGUGUUGAAGCACUUGCUUACCCGGAGCCUUCAUGCGGUUUCAUGGGUAAGUGUGAGCUUGCAGUGUAUAGUGAGCUCACCUGCCCCUCUCCUGCACUUGUGAAAGCAGGGAAGCCCCCAAACCCGCACAGUAACUUCGAUUCCGGAGAGGCGAUCCAGGAUGAGAAGUCUGAUCCCUCUAAGCCCUGUGUGUGUGAGUCCGAUGACAAUAAUGCAUGUGGAGACACCCCUGAAACUUUGGAGCUAAAGCAAACAUAUGACAUGAAAGUGGACACAGUGACCUGCACCGUUAUAGCACACCAUGCUACUGAACAGGGUCAGCCUUUAUGUGCUCCUGGAGGUCUGCAGCCAACAAUGAGAGACGGAAAUGCAUUGUCCAGCUCUGAUCGGACACCACCCCAUUCCUCUAAGAUGUGUGGGAGAAGUAUUACUUAUAAUAGAGAGGACUUUGAAAACCUUCAAACCACACCAUCAAAGGCCCUAAACACAACCUAUACAUUGAUUUCUGAUACGCUGAUGCAAACUGACGGUCCAGACAUUGAAAUUCAGUGUCAGGAUUCUUUAGGAAAUGCCACCAAAGAGUACACAGAUGGGAGAGUGCAAGGACUUGUUGGAGAAAAAGAGAUACAAGCUGUGACACUGGUUUCUGAUGGCAUGGAGGUCCCCAAUGGGUCUGUAUUACAGGAGUUCUAUUGUGUAUCUGAAGAUGACCCAAACAGUGAGACACAUUCACAUGGCUCGGACGCUCAGCAGGAAAUGGGCCAAAAUCUAAGAGGAACACUGUCUGGCUGCCGUGUUGUUGGUGAAGGCGCAGGACUGGCGCCAGCUUUUGAUAAGAGUAGAACUAGAGUCCUGGACUCUGAGUGCAAAGCCACUGUGACUGAAGACCCACACAUCGAUUCCCUUGUCAAUGACUCAGACAUCCAAGGUAGUACAGAAGGGCUGAACCUGAGGCAUGUCCCAGGGCAGAGGGUUUCAUCCUGUGAGAUGGGUUGGGACGAGAAUGGCGGAGCCAUUGGCACAGAUAAUAUGGCUUUCGGGUCAUCACCAGUUAAGCAAUCCCCCGAUGUGAGCUUCACACUUUCAUCUGUUGAAGUGAAGAAGUACAAUAAUGUGGCGAAUGGACCAAGAGAUGCUAAAAAUGCACCAAACUUGAAAGGGGAACCAACGAAUAUGCCAAAACCUAAUCUGGGAAAAUCAGCUACCAAAACGAAUACCACUGUAGGCAGUAAAGUUAGGAAGACAGAAAUUAUAAGUUAUCCCAGACCAAACUUCAAAAACAUUAAAGCCAAAGUUAUAUCCAGAUCAGUGUUGCAACCCAAAGACACUUCCCUAAUGAAGGACACACCCAACCCUCAGGUUUCGGGGGGCUCCUCACCCUCACCAGUGCCUUCUAAACAGAUUACAAACAAAGCACCAAGAUCUGACUUUAAAGCCGACAAAAAAACAGAAAUCCCAAUUAACAAGACACAUAAGCAACAGUUUAAUAAACUCCUUACCAGCCAGGCUGCGCAAGUUACAACUCAUUCUAAAAAUGCUUCGCUCAGGGUUCCAAGAACAACAUGUGCCACGAAAUUGAAUCAGGAGGAUGUUGACAAGACAGGUUCUCCUCAUGCAGGGAGCGAGCCCGGCUCUGUAGCUGCCUUCUUCCAGAAGAUCAAAGGCAUUCUCCCCGUUAAAAUGAAAAGCUCAGAGUGUUUGGAAGUGUCUUAUGUUUCCCACAUCGAUCAGAUUAGCCCUGAAGAGGGCAAGCAGGACUGUGAGGAGGCUCCGAUGGAAAAGCCAGCCAUGAAUGAGACUUUUGAAUCCAAGUCUCUGUUUGUGGACUCUGCACCCAAAACUUCCACCACUCCAGGAAGGAGCAGUUCCAAGCCAGACUCCCGCUGCCUGAGGAAAACACCAGGGCUGAAAGCCAAAGUGGGGCCUGCUGCUUCCUGCCUGCGGAGGAAGAGCGACUGUAGAACCCUAAGCUCCGACAGGGCCUUGUCACCUCAGCGGAUCAGGCGUGUGUCCGGCUCCGGAAAGCCUCUGUGCUUGAAAGCUGCACAGCCUUCUUGGAUGAAUUUGCUUAGACCACUUCCUCUGUCCAAAGCAUCCUUGAUAUGCAGGGCAGGAAGCACCCAGUCAGUGGCCAGCACCCACGGCGAUCUGAGCCUCUACAGCAGUGACUGUGGUAAUGCUGCUAUCAAUAAGUAUGAAGAGAAGCCUCCCAAACAACCAUUUCAGAACGGGUCAGGACCCUUACAUCUGAAGCCUUUGGGACCCAGAGUUCAUGCACACUUGCUCAAGACUUCUCCAAAAGGCCCUUCAAGGAAGAGUCUGUUUACAGCUUUCAAUUCAGUUGAAAAGGGCAGGCAGAAGAAUCCCAGGAGCCUGUGCAUCCAGACCCAGACAGCUCCAGAUGUGCUGUCCUCCGAAAGAGCGCUUGAGUUGGCUCAGUACAAGACGAAAUGUGAAAACCAGAGUGGAUUGAUCCUGCACCUCAAGCAGCUGCUUUCCUGUGGUAACACCAAGUUGGAAGCACUAACCCUUGUGAUCCAGCACCUCCUGUCUGAGCGGGAGGAAGCGCUGAAGCAACACAAAACCCUCUCCCAAGAACUCGUCAGCCUCCGUGGAGAGCUAGUUGCUGCUUCAAGCACCUGUGAGAAGCUAGAGAAGGCUAGGAAUGACUUACAGACAGCGUAUGAAGGAUUUGUCCAGAAACUAAACCAGCAACAUCAGACCGACCAGGCGGAACUGGAGAACCGGCUGAAGGAGUUAUACACUGCGGAGUGUGAGAAGCUUCAGAGCAUUUACAUCGAGGAGGCAGAAAAAUACAAAACUCAACUGCAAGAACAGUUUGACAACUUAAAUGCUGCCCACGAAACCACUAAGCUGGAGAUCGAAGCUAGCCACUCAGAGAAAGUGGAAUUACUGAAGAAGACCUAUGAAACCUCCCUUUCAGAAAUCAAGAAAAGCCAUGAAAUGGAAAAGAAGUCACUGGAGAACCUGCUUAGUGAGAAGCAGGAAUCACUGGAGAAACAAAUCAAUGAUCUGAAGAGUGAAAACGAUGCUUUAAACGAAAAGUUGAAAUCCGAGGAACAAAAGCAACUGUCAAGAGAGAAGGCGAAUUCAAAAAACCCUCAGGUCAUGUAUCUGGAGCAAGAACUAGAAAGUCUGAAAGCUGUGUUAGAGAUCAAGAAUGAGAAGCUGCACCAGCAGGACCUGAAGCUAAUGAAGAUGGAAAAGCUGGUGGACAACAACACAGCGUUGGUUGACAAGCUGAAGCGAUACCAGCAGGAAAACGAGGAGUUAAAAGCUCGCAUGGACAAACACAUGGCGAUUUCAAGGCAACUCUCCACAGAGCAGGCAGCGCUGCAGGAGUCCCUUGAGAAGGAGUCAAAGGUCAACAAGAGACUGUCCAUGGAGAACGAGGAGCUUCUGUGGAAGCUGCACAACGGGGACCUGUGCAGCCCCAAGAGAUCCCCCACCUCCUCGGCCAUCCCCCUCCAGUCCCCCAGGAACUCGGGCUCCUUCUCCAGCCCCAGCAUCUCACCCAGAUGACGCUUUCUGAGCACGGGAGACUCUGAAGGCGCUGAGGUGCGCUUCUGCAGCAGGACCGACCCUCUUGUGGGAACUGGAGCUGCAGUUAGCUCUCUGGAAUGUCCACAGGAAAGCCGGAGAGCAGCCACCAACCGCAUCAGCAAAGUACGAAUUGAGCGCUCCAGAGGAAGACUUUUAACUCGGUCCAAAAGCCUCCUCCAAGAACGGAGUUUGGAAUUCAUGUGGACAUAGUUGCACAAAGCACUUAAGGAACGAGGGAACCUUGUUCUUUGCCUUCCUUCACCUAAGCAUACGGGAAAAACUCUCAGGGGCCUAUUAAGAUUUAUAACCUUUAUAAUGUUCUUCACCCAGAGACACCUUCUUGUGAUUCUUAUUUUGGUUUGACUGUGGGCAGGGGGUGUGUGCGAGUGAAAUGGGUGUACUAGUGUGCGUCACGUGACUGUCGUAGCCCCCACCCACCCCGCUGUGUAUUAAAAGUCAACAGCUGUAUAUAGCUGGGCCUGUAUUAAUCAAGUCAUAAUCAGCACACGUGUGUCAGCAAAAGCCAUAGAAGAGAAAGCAAAAGUGCUUGAAUUUCUCCCAACUCGCCUCAGCACUGUGAACACGGCAGGGCUAGGGCAAGACAGAAAAGUCUUUGGUUUGUUGAUGACUUCAUUUCUUGGUUUUUCCUUGUUCAGCAUUAUCUGUUGAUAUCAGUUUGAUUUUUUUCCUGUAGAUUUUUAUGAGUCUAAUUACUAUGAUUCAUCAGUCUGUGAGCAAAUGUAGUAUCCUAAUUUUUCUAAACACAUAUCUGUAUAAAGAAUAAGUGGGCAGCAACAA